CAUGGCUCCAAAGAAGAUUAAGAGCAAUAGUAGUGAGGUAAUGACAAGGAAGCGGCCAACAAUUGAAUUGAAAAAGGAAAUAAUUUCAAAGUAUGAAGGAGGAAUGCGUCUGUCGGAUAUUGCCGCCAAAUACAGAAUGUCAAGGUCGACAAUCUCGACGAUUUUAAAGCGAAAGGAGCAGCUUAAAGAAGCUAAUGUUUCGAAAGGAGUGAAUACUUUAACAAAGCAAAGGCCUAAAAUAAUGGAAGAAGUAGAAAAGUUGUUGCUUGUGUAUAUAAACGAGAAGCAGUUAGAAGGUGUUAGCAUCAGUGAGUCGUUCAUUUGUGAGAAGGCGCUGACAACCUACGAAGAUUUGCAGAAGAAAACCCCAGGGACAAGUGCUGCGAGGAAUUUUGUUUUCAAAGCCAGUCGAGGCUGGUUUGAGAAAUUUAGGCACAGAACAGGCAUCCACUGCGUCACAAGGCACGGGGAGGCAGCGAGUUCUGACAAGGCAGGGGCCGAGAAGUUCGUACAAGAAUUCAGACAAAUCAUAGAAGAAGGAGGUUACAUACCGCAACAGGUUUUUAACGCGGAUGAGACAGGACUGUUUUGGAAGAAGCUGCCGAAUAAAACGUACAUUACGAAGGAGGAGAAAGCACUGCCAGGGCACAAGCCUAUGAAAGAUAGGCUAACUCUUCUAUUGUGCAGUAACGCCAGUGGGGAUUUGAAGCUGAAGCCGCUGUUAGUCUACCAUUCAGACAAUCCAAGAGUAUUUAAGAAGAACAAUGUAAUAAAACAGAAAUUGCCUGUUAUGUGGAGGUCUAAUUCUAAGGCCUGGGUGACCCGCCAAAUUUUUGUUGAGUGGGUGACCAAAGUUUUUGCCCCGACUGUGAAAGAAUACCUACAGAAGAACAACCUACCCCUCAAAUGCCUUCUCCUGCUGGAUAAUGCUCCAGCACACCCUCCAAAUCUCAACGAGUAUUUAGAAGGCGAGUUCGAUUUUGUUCAUGUGCGCUAUCUGCCACCAAACACAACCCCUUUGCUGCAGCCUAUGGAUCAACAGGUCAUUUCAAACUUCAAAAAACUGUACACGAAAGCUUUAUUCAGAAAGUGCUUCGAUGUAACGAAUGAUACCAACUUAACUCUCAAGGACUUCUGGAAGAAUCAUUUCCACGUUUUGAAUUGUGUUCAUCUUAUUGAUAGCGCUUGGAACCAAGUGACCUACCGUACGAUGAAUUCAGGAUGGAGGAAACUCUGGCCUGACUGUGUGCCAGAGCGAGAUUUUGAAGGAUUCGAACAAGACAUUGUUGAUGACAUUGUUUUCCCCAUGGGCCAAAGCAUGGGGUUGGAAGUGGAUAAUGACGAUGUUGAAGAGCUUGUGGAGGAGCACGAUAACGAACUCACUACUGAAGAGUUGCAGCACCUUCAGGCUGAGCAAGAAAAGAAUUUAGCUGAGGAUAUGUCUUCGGAGGGGGAGGAAGAAGGGAAGGAGAAAUUCCCAAGUUCAAUGAUUAAAGAAAUGAUUCGCCAAUAG